AUGGACGCCCCCCGUGGACAGAAUGACUUUGCGAGAUGGUACUACGGCUUGCCUCCGGUGUCGAGGACGGUGCUCUUCGCAUCUUUCUUGACUUCGAUCGCUCCGCUGUUGCAACUGAUCCACCCUUACCAAAUCUUCAACAUUUGGCCGAUGACGUUCAAGGGACAGCUUUGGCGACCCUUCACGGCAUCGCUUUAUGCUGGUGGCGGUAUCGAGAUGCUGAUGGGGUUGUUCUUCUUCUACAAUCACAGUACGGAUCUCGAGACUAAGAAAUUCAUGAGGACUGCGGAUUAUGCUUUCUUCUUGACGUUUUGCUGGGCAAUCAUCGUGGUGAUUUCAUACUUCAUUGACGGAUACCUCUACUUCAAUGCCGUUUCCAUGUCUGUCGCGUACGUCUGGUCUCAGAUGAACCGUGACCGGCAAAUGUCAUUUAUGGGCUUCAUCCCCAUGAAGGCGAUGUGGCUGCCAGUGUCCAUGUUGGUGAUGACAUUCGUCAUGAAUGGUCCUGGCUCUGCCUUUCAGAUGCAGCUUGUCGGUCUCGUUGCGGGCCACACUUACCUCUUUGUGACCGAGAUCUACCCGGGAAGCCAUGGUGUCCGUCCUCUUAUUCAUACUCCGACUUGGUUCGCCCGCCUCUUUGGCAAUGCUGGCCAUGCAAGGAUGCGCACUAUGCCGUACGGCACCGCUUUCAACCCAAGGGACAGGCAGACAGGUGCUGGAGAUGCUGCUGCUGGCCAAGCUACGGGUUUUGGGUCUGCUACGUCGAACUCCACUGCGUUCAGGGGGGCUGGACACCGUUUGGGAGACUCUUGA